AUGCAGCUCCAGAAUCUAUUGACACUUAUUUCUCUCUUUGCGACCUUAGUCGCAGGAGCACCGGCUUCACCAGAUACUCGUUCGGAAGCUAACAUACCGGUUCUGUCAAUGGUAGCCAAACGUUCUGAUGCCGAUGCGGCCACUAAAUACGUAGUCGACAAGCGUUCUGACGCAGAUGCGGCCACUAAAUACGUCGUCGACAAGCGUUCUGACGCAGAUGCGGCCACUAAAUAUGUCGUCGACAAGCGAUCUGACGCAGAUGCGGCCACUAAAUACAUCGUCGACAAGCGUUCUGACGCUGAUGCUGCAACUAAAUAUGUAAUUGACAAGCGAUCCGACGCAGAUGCGGCCACUAAAUACGUCGUCGACAAGCGUUCUGAUGCUGAUGCGGCCACUAAAUACGUCGUCGACAAGCGUUCUGACGCAGAUGCGGCCACUAAAUACGUCGUCGACAAGCGUUCUGACGCAGAUGCGGCCACUAAAUACGUCGUCGACAAGCGUUCCGGCGCUGUGACUCGUUAUGUCGUUGACUAA